AUGGUUAAUCGCCUUAAGGAAACGGACUCCCUCAAGUCGACCAACAAGAUCUGCCGCCAGCUAAUUUACCACCUGACGCCUCACUCCAAGUGGACAAGACAGAGUGUUCCCAGGAGGAAGUCUCAAGCCUGCACACAAGUCUUGUACGCAAUAAAUCCUCCACUGACUUUCAUUGUCUUUGUUUUUCCAAACAGUUUGAAGACCACCCUGAAAAAGAAGCUGUCCGGCGAUGUGGUCAACCUCUCCGGAAUCCCGCUGUCGGGCAGAGACGUCCACCGCGUGGCCUUCUACCUGCAGGGAGGCAGUGACGCGGUGUCUGCCGUGGACUUGAGCUUCACCGAACUGCAGGACGAAAGCCUGCGCCUGCUCCUGCCGCCCCUCAGCGGCCUCCCUAAACUGACCACACUCGCCGUCAACGGCAAUCGCCUCACCGCAGCCGUCCUGAAAGACCUGACGGAGGUGGUGAAAGAUCCUAAGAAGUUCCCCAAGCUGGCGUGGAUCGACCUGGGCAACAACGUGGAUAUCUUCACCGUUCCGCAGCCGCUGCUGGUGGCCCUGCGGCGACGCUUCGGUUUGCGCAGCAGCCUGCCCACCAUCUACGAGUACAGCGAGGCAAAGACCUUCGGCAGGUAUAACCCCAACAUGGAGACCUCCGUGGAGGAGCCCAGUGUCUAUGACGACGGCGACGAAGGCGAGAUGGAAAGAGACGAGGACGAUGAUAGGCUGGAGCUUCAAGCUUGGGGCUUUGGAGAAGACAAAACAUCCAGAAGUGUUCAGGUGUCGUUCUGUGGGAGGUGAUCUCGGAGGUUGGCAUCCUCUCGUCUCAAUGCUACUGUGACACGGAUUUCUGAAAAUAAAAAUAACGAUACCGUCCUGUCUGACCUCAGCGAUGUAGCUCCGUCCUAGCUCCGACACUUUAUUUAUGGAUUGAUCUACUUCUGUCUAGACAGAGCUGAACUGCUUUUUUGCCCCCCCCCAGCGUUCAACGAAUCACUUCCAGAACUAAGACUGGGCAGUUAAGUGCCUUGCACAAGGGCACCUUAGCCGUCACCCAUUAGGGAAUAUGUUUACAGGAAUAUUCACAUUUAUUAUAUUUCCAUGUUAGAAAGUGGACUUUUUCCAUAAUCUGGCACAAUGCCGUUUCAGAGCAGGAUCCAAAAUGUAAAUAUUUCUUAAUCUUCAUGAAAUUACUGCUCAUGACAGAUGGAGGAACAUUCAUUGUGUGAUGAAUGAAACAAGUUGUCCUCAUGCAAGAUGGAUGACAAAAUAUUAAAAGUGUUUAAUUUCGAUGAGGCAAUGAGCAAACCAAGAAUCAAGGUUAUUUUGGAGUGCUGAACAUAAAAAGGUGCUUUUGUCUCUGAUGUUAUGCUUUUUUUCCCCAACAGAAAUAAUAUGCAAAUUAGACACGUGUAGGGGCUGCACGGUGGUUGAGUGGUUAGCACGCAGGCCUCACAGCUAGGAGACCCGAGAUUCCACCCUUGGCCAUCUCUGUGUGGAGUUUGCAUGUUCUCCCCGUGCAUGCGUGGGUUUUCUCCGGGUACUCCGGUUUCCUCCCACAUUCCAAAAACAUGCUAGGUUAAUUUGCCACUCCAAAUUGUCCAUAGGUAUGAAUGUGAGUGUGAAUGGUUGUUUGUCUAUAUGUGCCCUGUGAUUGGCUGGCCACCAGUCCAGGUUGUAUACCCUGCCUCUCGCCCGAAGACAGCUGGGAUAGGCUCCAGCACCCCCGUGACCCUCGUGAGGAUAAGCGUUAGAAAAUGAAUGAAUGAAUGAGUUCUCCUCCUAUUUUGUGUGGAAGUGGUAACUUUUUGGCUUCUUAUUUUGUCUUUCCCCACCCUCGGCCAUCUCUGUGUGGAGUUUGCAUGUUCUCCCCGUGCAUGCGUGGGUUUUCUCCGGGUACUCCGGUUUCCUCCCACAUUCCAAAAACAUGCUAGGUUAAUUAGCGACUCCAAAUUGUCCAUAGGUAUGAACGUGAGUGUGAAUGGUUGUUUGUCUAUAUGUGCCCUGUGAUUGGCUGGCCACCAGUCCAGGGUGUACCCCGCUUCUCUCGCCCAACGACUGCUGGGAUAGGCUCCAGCACCCCCCCGGACCCUGGUGAGGAUAAGCGGUAGAAAAUGAACGAAUGACACUACUUUUCAUUCUGAGGAGUCUGCAACUGUGGCUCUUAAAUUGAAUCUUUUGUACGUUUUAACGUCAAAGCUUUAAAAAGCUGUGAAAACUUCUGUUCUUUAACUUGACUUAAUUUGGUGUCGGGUUUAAAAACCUGGCACCCGGGUUUUGAAUUGUGACCUUUCCAUUCAAAAUAAAACACAAAGUCCACAUUGAGGUGCAGUAAAUCAACACAUUUUAUCAAAUUUGAUGUCACUUUACGAGAGAAAAAUCAAGUGGUUACUGAGGAACUAAUGACUAAGGUACAUCCAUUGAUGUGAGGUCGUCCAUUCCUCAUUAAACUUCUGGAAUUUUGUGUUACCUCAAAUUCCUCACAGGGUAUAGUAUCGUUUCUAAACUAUACAGUGGCUAAUGAGUGGUUUUACUGCCUGGUUUGUCCCCUCUGUAGCAGAUCUAUAUUUUUCCCAGUAAAUAGGACCAUUUUAACUAUGGGGUUUUAUUCGUUUUGAUGAGUGAGCAAUGGGAAUGAGGAUGAUACCAGCUCUUACAGAGAACAUACAGUGCAGUAUUGCCGUGACACAAAUACCGCAACAAUGAAAUGAACAUACGAUGUAUUUUAACUAACUGUAGCACAUCCUUAUAGAGACAGAAGCAUGUUUUGUUAAGAAGAAUUACUUCAUGAAACGACACUCCUGUUGUUGAUGUGUUUUCUCCUCCAACUGUGUUGUUUAUGUGAGCUUACUGGAUUAUUAAUGAUCAGGAGUACGUAAUUAGUGUGCACGUUAAAGGACAUGCAGAGUAAAUGACAGCUUUGAUGGCAGAAAAGGAAAUGUUGAUUCAUUUGCACUUUCAGGACAACUAAGGCCACAGCAGAAUAAACAAAUGUUUUAAUGAGUCUGUAUUAAAAAUAUGUUCAUGGGUUGUCUGUUAUCCUAAAUGAACUUUUAGCAUUUUCUACUCAAAUGUUCCUGCUGAAUUCACGACAUCCUUGCAAAAUCAUGACUUGCUAUAUUAGACUGAACGUGAUGUUUGCCUGCUGUUGCUUCCAGAA